UGUUUAUAUGCACUACCUCACUAGCACUAAGUGUUCCAGAUAGGCUGCAGGUACACUUAUUGGACAGCGACCAAAGUCUCCAAACUUCCUCACGUUUACGCGUGACUGUAAACUCAUCAUGGCGCCGCUCUUGAUUCCUCUGCGGUGUGGGUUCCACAUCCAGAAGCGCAGGUUAGCCCUCCUGCUCCAGCAGUGCAGCUCUUAUCAUGUUCGGAACUACGAUAACAGAGCGGGCGCCGGCGCGUGUAAGAGGCGGCAGCGGAGCACAUAUCAGUUACUGGGUCCGAAUCUGACGUCACCAACAUGGGCCACAAGUCGAGGAAACAGUCGGCAGAUACUGGAAGCUGUAAAACAUUUGCAGAUACCAGAGAGAACAUGCUGGCACGGCAAUGCAGGAGGAGGCCUGAAUGCAGAUCCCAAAAAUGUGCUAAAGGAGGUGAAUUCUACGAAGAUCAUUUCAGCCAUGUUGUCGUACGUCUGGCCAAAAGAUCGCCCAGAUCUGAGAGCGAGAGUGGCCAUUUCACUAGGCCUGCUUGCUGGAGCAAAGAUGACCAAUGUGAUGGUGCCCUUCAUGUUUAAAUAUGCAGUGGACAGCCUGAACCAGAUGUCGGGACACAUGUUGAACCUGAGCGACGCGCCAAACACGGUGGCCACCAUGGCAACGGCAGUUUUGAUUGGCUAUGGCGUGUCCCGUGCAGGAUCGGCCCUCUUUAAUGAGCUGAGGAACGCUGUGUUUGGGAAGGUGGCUCAGAGUUCAAUACGAAGAAUCGCCAAGAACGUCUUCCUGCACCUGCACAACCUGGACCUGGGCUUCCACCUGAGCCGGCAGACGGGCGCGCUGUCCAAAGCCAUCGACAGGGGGACGCGGGGUAUUAGCUUCGUCCUCAGCGCGCUGGUCUUCAAUCUGGGGCCCACUGUGUUCGAGAUGGCACUGGUCAGCGCCAUCCUGUAUUAUAAAUGCGGCGGUCAGUUUGCACUCGUCACUCUGGGGACCUUGUCAGCCUACACUGCGUUCACCGUCGCAGUUACACAGUGGAGGACCCGUUUCAGGAUCGAGAUGAACAAGGCAGAUAACGAAGCGGGAAACGCGGCCAUCGACUCUCUCCUCAAUUACGAGACCGUUAAGUAUUUCAACAAUGAGAAAUAUGAAGCGGAGCGAUACGACGGCUACCUGAAGGUCUACGAGUCCUCUUCUCUCAAAACUACCUCUACUCUGGCCAUGCUGAACUUCGGACAGAGUGCCAUCUUCAGCGUUGGCCUCACAGCUAUCAUGGUGCUGGCUAGCCAGGGCAUUAUGGCAGGAACAAUGACUGUUGGAGAUUUGGUGAUGGUGAAUGGCCUGCUCUUCCAGCUCUCUUUGCCUCUUAAUUUCUUGGGCACAGUGUACAGAGAGACCAGGCAGGCCCUCAUUGAUAUGGACACGCUCUUCACGCUGCUCAGUGUGGACACUAAAGUCAAGGAGAAAGCGCUGGCUCCUCCGCUGCUGGUUACUCCUCAGGAGGCCACCAUCAGGUUCGAGGAUGUCUACUUCGAGUACUUGGAGGGACAAAAGGUCCUCAACGGGGUUUCCUUCGAAGUGCCUGCUGGGAAGAAGGUGGCCAUUGUCGGAGGCAGCGGAUCCGGGAAGAGCACAAUCGUCCGCUUGCUGUUCCGAUUCUAUGAACCCCAGCGAGGCAACAUCUAUAUUGCAAACCAGAACAUUCGAGAUGUUAGCCUGGAUAGUCUCAGGAAGUCUUUGGGAGUGGUUCCUCAGGAUGCAGUCCUCUUCCACAACACCAUCUUCUACAAUCUUCAGUACGGCAACAUCAACGCCACAGCGGAGGACGUGUACAGAGUGGCCAGGCUAGCUGGUAUCCACGAUGCUAUCCUCAGGAUGCCUCAUGGAUAUGAAACACAGGUUGGAGAACGAGGCCUGAAGCUUUCAGGUGGAGAAAAACAGCGUGUUGCCAUCGCCAGAGCCAUCCUGAAGAACCCUCCCGUUCUGCUGUACGAUGAAGCCACUUCUUCACUAGACUCCAUCACUGAAGAGAACAUUCUCGCUUCCAUGAAAGAAAUGGUGAAAGACAGGACUUCAGUCUUCAUUGCCCACAGACUCUCCACCAUUGUGGAUGCAGAUGAGAUCAUUGUGCUGAAUCAGGGGAAGGUAGCGGAGCGCGGUGACCACCAGACCCUCCUCAGGAUGCCGGGCAGUCUGUACGCCGACCUGUGGCACACGCAAAACAGCAAGGUCCUGAACAGCAACGGCAGCAGCAAACCCCCGGCGCAGGCCGAGCGCAUCUCGCAGAAGGAGGAGGAGCGCAAGAAGCUGCAGGAGGAGAUCAUGAACAGCGUGAAGGGCUGCGGAAACUGCUCCUGCUGAGCCUCCAUACACAUAUACACACACACACAUAUAUACAUAUAUACGGUACAGGCCAAAGGUUUUGACGUACCUUCUCUUUUUCUAUGCGUUUCUUUUAUUUUCAUGACUGAUAUUUACAUUGUAAAUUCUCACUGAAGCAUCAAAACUAUGAAUGAACACGUGGAGUUUUAUAUACUGAACAAAAAAAAGCUGAAAUAACUGAAAACAUUUUUUAUAUUCUAGUUUCUUCAAAAUAGCCCCCCUUUGCUCUGAUUACUGCUUUGCACAUUCUUAGCAUCAUUCUCUCAAUGAGCUUCAUUUAAGAGGUGGCCACCUGAAAUGAAAAGUUUUCCAACAGUCUUGAAGGAAGGAAGGAGUUCCCAGAGGUGUUUUUUAGCACUUGUUGCUCCUUUGUCUUCUUCACUCUGUGCUCCAGCUCACCCCAAACCAUCUGGAUUGGGUUCAGGUCCGGUGACUGUGGAGGUUCAGCUAAUUUUUUAUUAAGUACAUAAAAACUCCACAUGUGUUCAUUCAUAGUUUUGAUGCUUCAGUGAAAAUCUACAAUGUAAAUAGUCAUAAAAAUAAAGAAAACGCACUGAAAAGAAGGCGUGUCCAAACUUUUGGCCUGUACUGUAUAUACACACACACAGGAGCUCUCUGAAGCUCUCUAUGGGGAGAGUCAGAUCUGCUGAGGCCUUCUCACACCAUCCCUUGAGUCCUGCUCUACAGAGCGGCUGGAAGAUGAAGAAUCUAAUCUAAUGCUCUUCAUGCUGCCUCAAACUGACUCUACCCUGAAAAUAUGUGACUGGACACAGACCCGUCUGUUGGUCGUCUUCCUGGACUUGGGUGGAGUGUUGAGUGACCAGAUCUCUUCUUUAUAUCAAAUAAUUAUUCAGGCGUUUCUUAACCAAAGCUCUAUUGGCUGCAUCAACUACAUGAGAACAUUUCACUGUUUAAAUCAGUUGGAAGGAGUAUAGUAUUUGGUUCGGUUAAAACGGACUCUGGUUGGUUGUACUGGUUGUACUCUUAGUUCAGUUUGAUUGAGCAGGUGUGAAAACAGUAAUCGCAUUCAGAUGUGGAUCAAAAGAACCAGAUCGAGACCUCUGGACGGUUCUCUUGUGGUGAGAACGUGAUCUAGUCCGACCCAGCUAUCAAAUAUACUCCUUUUAUUUGAGCUAAACUGCUGAUAUGGCGCAGUUUAAUGUGAUACAUUAGUCAGAUAAAGCUGAUUACCACAGCUAUGAACAAACACUGUCUCUGCUGCUGCUCCAUGCUGUUUACACGCACAGUCUGUGCUGCAUUCACUACUCGCAGCUGCGCAACCUCAUUUACUACGUAUACAUCUGCGCUGUACCAAAAUUACCACUUUAAACCAUCGCCUGGCUCACCAAAUGUACGAUAAAAAUGGCAGUUUAAAAGCGCAGCAUUUCAGAGUUCUGUAAUAAAGCAGCUUCACACUGCAGAUAUACGCGCUGGAACACAAACUUCUACUUUCUUACUCCCACGCCAUACAGCUCUGACCAAUCAGAGGAGACGAUGUGCUCUCCUGGUUUAUUGGUGCACAUUUUGGUGCAUAAAUGCUUCAAAUAAACAAACUCAACUGAUUCAGACCAUAGAAACCAACUACAGGUGUGAAAACCCCCUUACUUACAGAUUUUAUCGUAUAGAAGUAAUCGACUGUAUACCACACACACAGCAAAUAGAGACUUGGUUAAAAAAUGCUGGGUAAUUCUUUGGAAACUGGCACAUGGCAUUCUGUACAUCCAUCAGCCACAUUCUCGAACACAUGCCUUUCUGUGAACAGUGUUUAUCAGCCCUGCUCCUGGAGCACCAUAUCCAUACGUUGUUUAGUGUUUUCCCUGCUUUAAAGCUUAAAUGAUCAAACUGCAGGUAAACCGAUUCGAUUUUUAAUUUGCGUAAGUGUUAAGAUUGGAUUUGCCUGUCGGGACAUCACAAACAAAUAUAUAAACAUAUCUGCAUGAGAUGCUGCAGUGUCGAAAUUUGUAGUAAAUUAGUAAAUAACCUUUGGCUUUGGCUUUUUUGUGCAUCCUUCAUCUUGGAUUUACCAGAUUUGAGGUUUGUCAGGCUGUAAGUGGUGAGGUUGUGAUUGAUGCACAAAAAAAGACAAAUUAAAAUCUGUAAAUCACAUUUCAAACAUUCUCCAAAUUUGGUUUAGAGCUGAUUUGUUAAAAUCUGUUUUUUUAUGUGGUUUCUGCCUGUCCAGACCAAUCAAAAAUCAGUCUAAAUGCAAUAUAAAAAUCAGAUUUGUGCUGGCAGUCUGAACAUAGCUUUAUACAUAGCCGAGGUGCUCAAUUAUUAGCAUAUUAAUUGGACGUACAGAUUAUUAUUAUAUGUUUUAAUGCAGAGAUUAAAAACACUGUAACACUGCAGUAUAAAGAGUAACACUGCUCCAGGAGCAUGGCUGGGAGUUCACACACAUGUAUUAAGGUGUUUAAACUAGUUUUAAAUUAUUAUAUAUUAUAUAUAUUUUUUCCAUGUGAUUUAGAAGUCUAGGUAGCUGUUUUUAUUAUGGACAUGUACAUAUUAAUAUGACUCAAAAUGACUCGAUGGCUCCUGACGAGUCGUAAUGUACAGGAGAAAAUGUGUCCUAUGGCUUUUUGUAAGUGAAAAAUGUAUUUACUGGCAGAAACAGGAACACUUUAUAUAUUUGGUGUAUUGAUUAAACUUUAACAGCACCUUGAGCUAAUAUUAUUUGUCGCUAAUUCAUGAUCGUGAGAUCUGCUCUUUAACAAAAACACUCAUUUGUAUCAAAACAAUAAAUAUCAGCAGAGACUGAGACUGCUGACAAAAAACAAAAUAAAAUCUAAAACCUGAAA